UUUCCUCCCAUGCGAAGGGUGGCGCUGUUGUACUCAGACCACAUGGGGGCGUCAAAACCAGAAUAAGAGAAGCCCACGUCUUCCCUUGUGGUCUCCCCCAGUUCCAAGUCCAAAUGUGACCAAAUUGGACCUGCUGAGGCAUGUGACUUGCAUGCAAUGCAAAAACAACCAACAGACCUGCAAACAUGUUGCGAUUAGUCACAACUUCACUGUGUCUCUACUGCCAGAGGGCUCAAGUGACUCCUUUGCUUUUCAUGAGGCCCUCCUCCUCGAUUGUUCAAGAAGAGAACCCGCUUGCUGUAAGCGCCCUUUACGACUUGUCUGUAGACAUUAGUAAAGUCCGGAAGCUGAAGGGUUGGGUGUUGCGCCGUGAACAAGUGUAUGUGAAUGAGACCGCCGCCCUGCUGAGGAACAUGGGGGCUAGUGGGCCUGUUAUCGCCCGCGUUCUGGAGCUCCAUCCUGAGGCCAUCCUCUGCAAACCCGAUCAAAUGGAGGCUCAGAAAAAGCUGUGGAUGUCAGUGUGCACCAGCCAGAAGGAUCUAGUAGCAAUCAUUGAAAAAUUCCCCAGCUCGUUUUUCUCCUCGUCCUCCGAUCACGACAACCAGAAAGCUAACAUUGCGUAUUUCCAGACGUUACAUCUCAACAAACGCGUUAUUAGCAAGCUUAUGGCCAGUGCCCCUCAGAGCUUCAGCCGACCCUUGAAGCUAAACAAGGAGAUGAUCCAGACCCUGCAGAAGACCUAUUUGGACUUGGGUGGGAAGGAGGACAACAUGAAGACCUGGUUGCAGAAGCUGCUUACUCAAAAUCCAUACGUGCUUCUAAAGCUUCCCGAGGCCCUGCACGAUAACUUGGCAUUCCUACGCAAUGUGGGAUUUACUGGCGAUGAGCUCUUGCGGCUGCUUUCCAAACUGAAGGGAUAUGUUACUGAGCUGAACCCUGAAAGUAUGAGACUCACCCUCAACUACUCCCAGGAGACUUUGGGAUGCACAGAAGCAGAGCUCAGGCAGAUCGUGCUUCAGUGUCCAGCCUUGUUAUACUAUUCUGUGCCUAUAUUAGCUGACCGCUUCAAAGGCCUCCUCACCGCUGGAGUAAGUAUGGAGCAGAUCAUGGAGACUCCCACAGUAUUAGAACUGACAACGCAGAUCAUUCAAUAUCGCAUUCAGAAACUGCGCUCGUUUGAUUAUGAUGUACGGUCAGGUAGCCUGGAAGUCCUCGACGGCACCAAGAAAGAGUUUGAGAUGAGCUACGGGAAGUUGCAUCUUAGACGAGAGAGGCCAUUUUUUAAUCCAGUAGCUCCACUUCAAACAGAAGAUUAAGUGUGGAAGCCUGUUUUUGUGACUUUCAAUCUCAAUUAUGACUUCAUUUGUCACAAUUCCGAGAUUACAUCUGGCAAUUUUGAGUUAACAUUACGCAAUUCAAGACUUUUUUUUCUUCUCAGAAUUGCACAUUUUUACACACAAUUCUUAGUUGUCAUAAUUCUGAGUUUGUAUCUGCCAAUUUUGAAUGUUUUUUUUUUUUUUUUUGAAUUGUGAGUAUAUCUAAUUCUGAGAAAAAAGUCAAAUUGUGAGACAUAAUCUUGGAAUUGCAAGAAAUAAAUUGUGUGCAAGUUUGUAACACAAUUCUGACUUUAUGUAUUGCAGUACCUAGUUUAUAUCUGACAAUAUUGAGUUACCAUCUUGCAGUUUUGAGUUUAUAUCUCACAAUUUUGAGUAAACAUGUCACAGUUUGUAUUUUAUCAGAAUUGCGAGUUCAUAACGGAAUUCUGUUUUAUUUCUCGUAAUUCUUAGUUUAUAUCCAAGAACUCUGAAUUCGGAUAUAAAAAGUUGCAAUUACAAUUUUUUUAAAAUUGCAUGGUAGAAUCAGGCUUCCAUAAUUAAAAUUGUUUGUGCUGUAAACGGUAUAUUAACAGCGGGUUCCUUUGUCUGUUAUCGUACUACGGAGCCCCGCACAUGACAUACAAAAAAAAAAAACUAAUAAAUUGUGCACACAAUUUACUAAUUAGUUCCCUCAAUUUACUAAAAUGUGCACACAAUUACUAUUGCGUUCCCU